UUGGCUUAAUGUCGUUUAAAGGGUUUCGAAAUGAAACGUGGUUGACCAGUUGACCUUAUCCGCUUCAGAAGUUAGUGUAUAGGAUCCUGAGACCCCAAGAAAUAUUACCCUUUUAAGAAUUAUUAAGCUCGUUAAUUCGGUGUAGCAGCUUGAGCUAGUAGUUUGAGCUUAUGGCUGCCCCCACAGUGGCGUUAGAUAUUGAGAACCGGACACGGGGAACCGAGAGCACUGCAGGUUCUCAAAAUAACAGAAUGGGAAGACAAUUAACUAAUUACAUGAGAAUAGAUGGAGGACGUUCACGUUCAUCAACCAAGACGGGAAAAGGGGCAACCGUGAAGGAAAUUCUUGAUCCACGGGGACGCUUCGGCGUAAUAUGGUCUAAGAUGUUUGUGAUUUCAUGUGCGAUUGCAGUCUCGCUCGAUCCUUUCUUCUUUUACAUUCCGGUCGUUGUUGAGGAGCAGAAAUGCAUAAGGAAGGACACGAGUUUGAGGACUGUAGCUCUCCUCUUACGUUCACUCACGGAUAUGACCUUCAUAAUACAUAUUUUACAUGAAGUUCGUGUUACUAGUACCAACACUACUGCUGUGGCCAUCUCCAUCUUAGUUGACUUUCUCGCCAUUCUUCCCAUCCCACAGGUGGCAAUAUUGUUGUUCUUUCUAGAUCUGAAUGGCUCUGAGUAUUUUUACAAAAGGAGUAAGAUUUUGAAUGCGUUUCUUCUCCUUCAAUAUCUACCAAAGGUGUAUCGGAUUCACUUGACCUCGAAGAAACUUAAGCCGAAGGCUGGAAAAUGGGCUAAAGGGGCAUUCAAUUUCUUCCUCUACAUCCUUGCUAGUCAUAUAACAGGAGCUUUUUGGUACUUUUAUUCUAUUCAACGAGAGAUAUCAUGUUGGCAUCGUGCUUGUAUGCAUCAUCCUACGACUCCAGCAUGCAUGUCUACAUAUUUAUGCGAUGGCACCACUCCUACAACUUCAAGAAAUAUAUCCUUCCUUGGUGAAAAGUGCCCUACCAAUCCAACAAAUGCAACCCUAUUUGAUUUUGGAAUGUUUAGUAGUGCCCUCGAGUCUGGUACCACGCAGUCAAUGAACAUUCCACCAAGGAUCUUUUACUCUUUUUGGUGGGCUCUCCGAAAUUUAAGUUCUUUUGGUCAGAAUCUUCAAACAAGUACUUAUGUGUGGGAAAACGGACUUGCAAUUCUUAUUUGUGUCAUGGGUUUGCUACUGUUUCUAUACCUUAUUGGGAAUGUGCAGACAUUCAUUCAGUUGGCAACUAUGAAAUCAGAGGAAAAAAGACUAGAUUCAGUGUUAUCUAUGAAGAUGCAAAGGAAAGGGGUAGAUAUACAUAUGUGGAUGGACAAAAAUGGUAUCCGUGAUAAGCAUAUGAAGACAGGAAUCAUGAAAAACAUAGAACAAAUAUUGAAAGGAAACGAAGAUGUUGAUAUGGAGCACUUAUUCUCUAUGCUACACUGGCGUGUCAGAAAAUCCAUAAAGCACCAUCUCUGCAUGGAUACGAUCAAGAAAGUUCCUUUGCUUCAUAAUUUGGAUGAACAAGUAUUGCAAGCAGUAUGUGGGAACCUUAAGCAAGUAAGGUAUGCCGAGGAUAGUUUUAUUGUCCGAGAAGGGGAGCCACUUGAUAAGAUGUUAUUCAUCACACAAGGCAUUGCAUGGAUCUACGCAUCGUCGUCUAGCAACACUGGAGGCAAUGGAUGUCUUCAGAAAACCGACUUCUAUGGCGAACAACUUCUAAGUUGGGCACUAAAAUCUUCCUCGUUUUCUGAUAUUCCCAUCUCGACCAGAACUGUUAAGUCCCACACCAAAGUUGAAGCCUUCGCUCUCAUGGCCGUCGACGUGAAGUGUGUAGUCUCUAGACUCUGGUGGCAUUUCAGCAAGGAGAUGUCCAACUCGGAGGAUCCUAGGCCGGAGCAGUGGGAGCUCUUAGCAGCUUCGUCCAUACAAGCAACUUGGCGCCGCCGUCACAGAAGACUAUAAACCGUUGCCAAUUUACCGAGGCCCUGAGGAUCGUAGCUAGUAUCAAAAAGUUGGAAGACUAGGGAUUAAUUGUAAUUAAUUGCAACAUGAUUAUAAUAAUGAAUGGUUUUGGAAAAAAAAAUC